GUGACGUAUUAGAACAAAGAUACAAGAUAUACGAGAGGAAAGAGACACAUUGGAAACAACAAAGUCUGAGCUACAAAAGAAGAAAGAACAUGCAGACAGUCAGUUUGAUGAGAUAAACAGAGAGAAAAGCAACAUUAAAGAUCUGACCCUUCAGCUUCAGACACAAAGACUCAAACUGGAGAAUGCCAUGAACAUGAUCACCCGAAAACAAGAAGAACAAGAACUCAAGGAAGACCAGUUCAAAAGACAACAACAAACCCUGGAAACCAAUAAAAACAGUGUACUGGCAGAAAGAGAAGAGCUGGACAUUUUGAGGGAGGAUCUGAACAAGAAGAAAGAAGAGGUCGAUGCUGCAAUGAACACCAUGAGUGGAGAGAGAGAACAACUGUAUCACAUGAAGAGAAGUACUGACAUGGACAUAGCAAUGCUCCAGAAUGAAAAGGACAGAAUGGAAGGAGAAUGGUCUGAUCUGAAGAAAGAGAGAGAGCAUCUGGAUAGAGAGAGUGAGAAGAUGAACAAAGACAAACUGGACUUGGAGCUGAUGACAUCUGAUAUCCGGAAACAAAGUGACAUAUUAGAACAAAAGAUACAAGAUAUACGAGAGGAAAGAGACACAUUGGAAACAACAAAGUCUGAGCUACAAAAGAAGAAAGAACAUGCAGACAGUCAGUUUGAUGAGAUAAACAGAGAGAAAAGCAACAUUAAAGAUCUGACCCUUCAGCUUCAGACACAAAGACUCAAACUGGAGAAUGCCAUGAACAUGAUCACCCGAAAACAAGAAGAACAAGAACUCAAGGAAGACCAGUUCAAAAGACAACAACAAACCCUGGAAACCAAUAAAAACAGUGUACUGGCAGAAAGAGAAGAGCUGGACAUUUUGAGGGAGGAUCUGAACAAGAAGAAAGAAGAGGUCGAUGCUGCAAUGAACACCAUGAGUGGAGAGAGAGAACAACUGUAUCACAUGAAGAGAAGUACUGACAUGGACAUAGCAAUGCUCCAGAAUGAAAAGGACAGAAUGGAAGGAGAAUGGUCUGAUCUGAAGAAAGAGAGAGAGCAUCUGGAUAGAGAGAGUGAGAAGAUGAACAAAGAAAAACUGGACUUGGAGCUGAUGACAUCUGAUAUCCGGAAACAAAGUGACGUAUUAGAACAAAAGAUACAAGAUAUACGAGAGGAAAGAGACACAUUGGAAACAACAAAGUCUGAGCUACAAAAGAAGAAAGAACAUGCAGACAGUCAGUUUGAUGAGAUAAACAGAGAGAAAAGCAACAUUAAAGAUCUGACCCUUCAGCUUCAGACACAAAGACUCAAACUGGAGAAUGCCAUGAACAUGAUCACCCGAAAACAAGAAGAACAAGAACUCAAGGAAGACCAGUUCAAAAGACAACAACAAACCCUGGAAACCAAUAAAAACAGUGUACUGGCAGAAAGAGAAGAGCUGGACAUUUUGAGGGAGGAUCUGAACAAGAAGAAAGAAGAGGUCGAUGCUGCAAUGAACACCAUGAGUGGAGAGAGAGAACAACUGUAUCACAUGAAGAGAAGUACUGACAUGGACAUAGCAAUGCUCCAGAAUGAAAAGGACAGAAUGGAAGGAGAAUGGUCUGAUCUGAAGAAAGAGAGAGAGCAUCUGGAUAGAGAGAGUGAGAAGAUGAACAAAGACAAACUGGACUUGGAGCUGAUGACAUCUGAUAUCCGGAAACAAAGUGACAUAUUAGAACAAAAGAUACAAGAUAUACGAGAGGAAAGAGACACAUUGGAAACAACAAAGUCUGAGCUACAAAAGAAGAAAGAACAUGCAGACAGUCAGUUUGAUGAGAUAAACAGAGAGAAAAGCAACAUUAAAGAUCUGACCCUUCAGCUUCAGACACAAAGACUCAAACUGGAGAAUGCCAUGAACAUGAUCACCCGAAAACAAGAAGAACAAGAACUCAAGGAAGACCAGUUCAAAAGACAACAACAAACCCUGGAAACCAAUAAAAACAGUGUACUGGCAGAAAGAGAAGAGCUGGACAUUUUGAGGGAGGAUCUGAACAAGAAGAAAGAAGAGGUCGAUGCUGCAAUGAACACCAUGAGUGGAGAGAGAGAACAACUGUAUCACAUGAAGAGAAGUACUGACAUGGACAUAGCAAUGCUCCAGAAUGAAAAGGACAGAAUGGAAGGAGAAUGGUCUGAUCUGAAGAAAGAGAGAGAGCAUCUGGAUAGAGAGAGUGAGAAGAUGAACAAAGAAAACUGGACUUGGAUGAUGACAUCUGAUAUCCGGAAACAAAGUGACGUAUUAGAACAAAAGAUACAAGAUAUACGAGAGGAAAGAGACACAUUGGAAACAACAAAGUCUGAGCUACAAAAGAAGAAAGAACAUGCAGACAGUCAGUUUGAUGAGAUAAACAGAGAGAAAAGCAACAUUAAAGAUCUGACCCUUCAGCUUCAGACACAAAGACUCAAACUGGAGAAUGCCAUGAACAUGAUCACCCGAAAACAAGAAGAACAAGAACUCAAGGAAGACCAGUUCAAAAGACAACAACAAACCCUGGAAACCAAUAAAAACAGUGUACUGGCAGAAAGAGAAGAGCUGGACAUUUUGAGGGAGGAUCUGAACAAGAAGAAAGAAGAGGUCGAUGCUGCAAUGAACACCAUGAGUGGAGAGAGAGAACAACUGUAUCACAUGAAGAGAAGUACUGACAUGGACAUAGCAAUGCUCCAGAAUGAAAAGGACAGAAUGGAAGGAGAAUGGUCUGAUCUGAAGAAAGAGAGAGAGCAUCUGGAUAGAGAGAGUGAGAAGAUGAACAAAGACAAACUGGACUUGGAGCUGAUGACAUCUGAUAUCCGGAAACAAAGUGACAUAUUAGAACAAAAGAUACAAGAUAUACGAGAGGAAAGAGACACAUUGGAAACAACAAAGUCUGAGCUACAAAAGAAGAAAGAACAUGCAGACAGUCAGUUUGAUGAGAUAAACAGAGAGAAAAGCAACAUUAAAGAUCUGACCCUUCAGCUUCAGACACAAAGACUCAAACUGGAGAAUGCCAUGAACAUGAUCACCCGAAAACAAGAAGAACAAGAACUCAAGGAAGACCAGUUCAAAAGACAACAACAAACCCUGGAAACCAAUAAAAACAGUGUACUGGCAGAAAGAGAAGAGCUGGACAUUUUGAGGGAGGAUCUGAACAAGAAGAAAGAAGAGGUCGAUGCUGCAAUGAACACCAUGAGUGGAGAGAGAGAACAACUGUAUCACAUGAAGAGAAGUACUGACAUGGACAUAGCAAUGCUCCAGAAUGAAAAGGACAGAAUGGAAGGAGAAUGGUCUGAUCUGAAGAAAGAGAGAGAGCAUCUGGAUAGAGAGAGUGAGAAGAUGAACAAAGACAAACUGGACUUGGAGCUGAUGACAUCUGAUAUCCUGAAACAAAGUGACAUAUUAGAACAAAAGAUACAAGAUAUACGAGAGGAAAGAGACACAUUGGAAACAACAAAGUCUGAGCUACAAAAGAAGAAAGAACAUGCAGACAGUCAGUUUGAUGAGAUAAACAGAGAGAAAAGCAACAUUAAAGAUCUGACCCUUCAGCUUCAGACACAAAGACUCAAACUGGAGAAUGCCAUGAACAUGAUCACCCGAAAACAAGAAGAACAAGAACUCAAGGAAGACCAGUUCAAAAGACAACAACAAACCCUGGAAACCAAUAAAAACAGUGUACUGGCAGAAAGAGAAGAGCUGGACAUUUUGAGGGAGGAUCUGAACAAGAAGAAAGAAGAGGUCGAUGCUGCAAUGAACACCAUGAGUGGAGAGAGAGAACAACUGUAUCACAUGAAGAGAAGUACUGACAUGGACAUAGCAAUGCUCCAGAAUGAAAAGGACAGAAUGGAAGGAGAAUGGUCUGAUCUGAAGAAAGAGAGAGAGCAUCUGGAUAGAGAGAGUGAGAAGAUGAACAAAGACAAACUGGACUUGGAGCUGAUGACAUCUGAUAUCCUGAAACAAAGUGACAUAUUAGAACAAAAGAUACAAGAUAUACGAGAGGAAAGAGACACAUUGGAAACAACAAAGUCUGAGCUACAAAAGAAGAAAGAACAUGCAGACAGUCAGUUUGAUGAGAUAAACAGAGAGAAAAGCAACAUUAAAGAUCUGACCCUUCAGCUUCAGACACAAAGACUCAAACUGGAGAAUGCCAUGAACAUGAUCACCCGAAAACAAGAAGAACAAGAACUCAAGGAAGACCAGUUCAAAAGACAACAACAAACCCUGGAAACCAAUAAAAACAGUGUACUGGCAGAAAGAGAAGAGCUGGACAUUUUGAGGGAGGAUCUGAACAAGAAGAAAGAAGAGGUCGAUGCUGCAAUGAACACCAUGAGUGGAGAGAGAGAACAACUGUAUCACAUGAAGAGAAGUACUGACAUGGACAUAGCAAUGCUCCAGAAUGAAAAGGACAGAAUGGAAGGAGAAUGGUCUGAUCUGAAGAAAGAGAGAGAGCAUCUGGAUAGAGAGAGUGAGAAGAUGAACAAAGACAAACUGGACUUGGAGCUGAUGACAUCUGAUAUCCUGAAACAAAGUGACAUAUUAGAACAAAAGAUACAAGAUAUACGAGAGGAAAGAGACACAUUGGAAACAACAAAGUCUGAGCUACAAAAGAAGAAAGAACAUGCAGACAGUCAGUUUGAUGAGAUAAACAGAGAGAAAAGCAACAUUAAAGAUCUGACCCUUCAGCUUCAGACACAAAGACUCAAACUGGAGAAUGCCAUGAACAUGAUCACCCGAAAACAAGAAGAACAAGAACUCAAGGAAGACCAGUUCAAAAGACAACAACAAACCCUGGAAACCAAUAAAAACAGUGUACUGGCAGAAAGAGAAGAGCUGGACAUUUUGAGGGAGGAUCUGAACAAGAAGAAAGAAGAGGUCGAUGCUGCAAUGAACACCAUGAGUGGAGAGAGAGAACAACUGUAUCACAUGAAGAGAAGUACUGACAUGGACAUAGCAAUGCUCCAGAAUGAAAAGGACAGAAUGGAAGGAGAAUGGUCUGAUCUGAAGAAAGAGAGAGAGCAUCUGGAUAGAGAGAGUGAGAAGAUGAACAAAGAAAAACUGGACUUGGAGCUGAUGACAUCUGAUAUCCGGAAACAAAGUGACGUAUUAGAACAAAGAGAUACAAGAUAUACGAGAGGAAAGAGACACAUUGGAAACCACAAAGUCUGAGCAACAAAAAAAGAAACAACAUGCAGACGGUUUGAUGAUGGAUAAUAUGAACCAAGAAAAGGAACAAUGGUAUCAAAACAAUACACCUAUUGAAAGUGAGAAAGAAUUGUUGUUAAAUGAAAAAAGGAUGGAAGGAGGACUGUGUCAAAGGUCUGAGUCGAAAAUAAGAGAGGACUGGUUCACCAGGUUAAUGUUCUCCAUGGGAAGUCUUAGAGCAAAACUUAAACAACUGAAUCAAAUGCGACAUGAAUACUUUAAAAAUAAUAUGGUAAUAUUAAUGCAGAAAUAUAGAGACAUGCUCCAAUUGAACUCACUAUUGGAACACAAUUGUGAUGAAUUUGUUAAACAGAGAAAUAAGAUCAUGGGUUAUUAUGAUCUGAUACAAAAGAGAAGAAACCCAUUGAGUCAAUGAAGUUUGAUAAGGCAGUACAAACAGGGGUUGUAAAAAAACAGCUAGAUGUCAAGAAACAGAAUUUGAAUAUACUUAAAGAGUUUAAAUAUCAGAAGGCUGUUUUGUGGUCAGAUUUCGCAAUCCAGACUGAAGAAUUUGAACAUCAGUGGAAGUUCAAGGGAGAUAAACAUGAUCUCCAAAGAAAAAGUAAAUACUUGAAAACUGACAGGGAAGGUCUAUUGAUGGUAGCGGAGAAUGAAGAAGUGAAAAAUAAUCAGAAACACAAGCUUGCAACGCUGCCCGAGUCAACUUCAGAGCAAGAUGAUUUCAAAGACGAGACAAUGUCAAAAAGAGAUUGUUUGCGAAAGAUCUGGAAAGACACUAAGAUGGAACGGAAGGAGAUCUAUCAAUGAAGUGCAUGAGCCAUGAGAUGAGAAACAACCUAGAGAAAAGACUGGAGGUGAUCAAUCAGUUUGUUAAGAGAACAUGGUUACAGAAGGAAAAGGAACCAUUGGAGAGUAAUCUGAAACAAGGGCUAAUUAAGGACAUGACAGCCCAAAGUGAAUGCGAUAGAGACUGCUCAACCAUCAAUGAAAGAUAUUCAGAGAUCCAACAACUUAAAGUUCAGAUGCUCAUUGAGAUUGAGAAAUUAUGUGUCAAAGAAAAAGUGACGAGGGCACUGACAACGAGCAACAAAGCUAAUCAAACAUUCCAGGUCAAUAUAACCACUGCGAAUUCAACAGUGCAGGUAACAGAACAAGCUUCUGCAAAAUUUUAUCAAGAGCAGAUGAAUGUAGAAGAAAAUAAAGCAGCUCCUGAGACAUCCAGUGGACUCCUCUUUCAGCUCCAGCAUUACUGCUAUCGAUGCUGUUGCUACUGCUGUGCCUGCUGCAAGCAAUGCUGCCAAGAGGAAAAAUGAGAGACAUGUCAUGACAUGUCAUGAUCAAUUUGAAUGAAUCUGGUAUAGUAUUUGUACUUUUUAGUAGUAUUUGACUUAACCACUUGUAACAUAAAGAUAACAGAUGAACAUUUUGAACCUGUAUGUAUCACAUUGUCAGUGAACAGUUCUGUUCUGGCAGACUAUAUAGCUGAUGUUAGGUUUCCUAAUAUAUCAAAAUUGCUUGAGUGAAAUCAAACUACGCUUUUGACACUUUUUGAAACCAUAAUGUACACAAACAAAAAUGAAUGCGAUAAUUCAAAAUGUCAAGGUAUUUCUGCAGAUCAGAGUUUGACAUGUGUGAUGCUUGUGUGCCUAAAAAAUGCUUUACCUUUAUUGGCUAUGCACCAUGUUUGGUUUGCAUAUUAAAAAGCUAUUAUUUGUUGGAGAACAAAAAAAGAUUUAAUAGUGUCCUUUAUUGUUAACCAUUUUAAGAGUGGAAUGUCUAAUUUUUUAUUUUUGUCGUUUUCAAAACAUCAGUCCUUCAUAUUGCAAUAUUAAACAUAAUGUAUUAAACGUAAAAAUCAAUUUAUACUCAAUUACAGAAAAUCUUAAAUAUUGAGAACUGACCUUGGCAAGUUAACACCAUUUUGUUGUUGUUGUUGUUGAUGAUGAUGGUUUGUUUUUUGUUGUUUGUUUAAAGGAUUAAUUUGUUUAACUUGUAAUGUUACAAUAAUUAUAUAUAAUAAAUAAAUAAUAAUAAA